CGCGCCCCUCGAGGCCGGGCCGCGCCAGGCCAAUCCUGGGCGGCCGGCGGGCGAACGUGGGGCCUGGCGGGCCGGGCCGGGCCGGGCCGGGCCGCAGGGCGGGGGACAAUGGGCCAGUUCCUGGUGCGUCACGAGGGAGUUCCUUAAAGGGGAAGUGAGCAGGCUCCCGGGCGGACGCGCGGGGCGGCGGUCGGCUGGGGACGCGCCCGGAGCUUCAAAAUAAUGCCCGCGGCGGCCGCGCGACCAUGCAAUGGCGAGCGCUCGUCCUGGGGCUGGUGCUGCUGCGCCUCGGCCUCCACGCGGUGCUCUGGCUGGUCUUCGGGCUGGGGCCCAGCAUGGGCUUCUACCAGCGCUUUCCACUCAGCUUCGGCUUCCAGCGCUUGAGGGGCCCCGACGGCUCGGGGCCGGUGGGUCCUCCCGAAGGCCCGGCCUGGCUGCAUCGGCCAAGGCACGGGACGGAGGGGCGGCUCGAGACCCCGCGGGGGCCGGGGCCGGGCAUGUGUGGCCCGGCGCACUGGGGCUACGCUCUGGGCGGCCGUGGCUGCGGCCCGGACGAGUACGAGCGGCGCUACAGCGGCGCCUUCCCGCCGCAACUGCGUGCCCAGAUGCGCGACCUGGCGCGGGGCAUGUUCGUCUUCGGCUACGACAACUACAUGGCGCACGCCUUUCCGCAGGACGAGCUCAACCCCAUCUACUGCCGUGGCCGGGGGCCGGACCGCGGGGACCCUUCAAAUCUGAACAUCAAUGAUGUCCUAGGGAAUUACUCCCUGACUCUUGUUGAUGCCUUGGAUACACUUGCAAUAAUGGGAAAUUCAUCCGAGUUCCAGAAAGCAGUCAAGUUAGUGAUCAACACUGUUUCGUUUGACAAGGAUUCCACCGUCCAAGUCUUUGAAGCUACGAUAAGGGUUCUGGGAAGCCUCCUUUCUGCUCACAGAAUAAUAACUGACUCCAGACAGCCCUUUGGUGACAUGACAAUUGAGGAUUAUGAUAAUGAAUUGUUGUACAUGGCCCAUGACCUGGCCGUGCGGCUCCUGCCAGCUUUUGAAAACACCAAGACAGGGAUCCCCUAUCCUCGGGUGAACCUGAAGACCGGCGUUCCUCCUGACAGCAAUAACGAGACCUGCACGGCGGGCGCCGGCUCUCUCCUGGUGGAGUUUGGUAUUCUGAGCCGGCUGCUGGGGGAUUCCACUUUUGAGUGGGUGGCCAGACGAGCUGUGAAGGCCCUCUGGAACCUUCGGAGCAACAAUACAGGAUUGCUAGGCAAUGUUGUGAACAUCCAGACAGGCCACUGGGUUGGAAAGCAGAGUGGCUUGGGUGCUGGUCUGGAUUCCUUCUAUGAAUACCUCUUGAAAUCUUACAUUCUUUUUGGAGAAAAAGAAGACCUAGAGAUGUUUAAUGCCGCAUAUCAGAGCAUCCAGAGCUACCUGCGAAGAGGCCGGGAAGCCUGCAAUGAAGGAGAAGGGGACCCACCACUCUAUGUCAAUGUGAACAUGUUCAGUGGGCAGCUCAUGAACACCUGGAUUGACUCUCUGCAGGCUUUCUUCCCCGGACUGCAGGUUCUGAUAGGGGAUGUGGAAGACGCCAUCUGCCUCCACGCCUUCUACUAUGCCAUAUGGAAGCGGUACGGGGCCCUCCCUGAGCGCUAUAACUGGCAACUCCAGGCCCCUGAUGUUCUCUUCUACCCGCUGAGACCAGAGUUGGUGGAGUCCACGUAUCUCCUCUACCAGGCAACCAAGAAUCCCUUCUACCUCCAUGUAGGAAUGGACAUUCUGCAGAGUCUGGAAAAAUACACAAAAGUCAAGUGUGGGUAUGCCACUCUGCAUCACGUCAUAGACAAGUCUAAAGAGGACCGGAUGGAGAGCUUCUUUCUCAGUGAGACCUGUAAAUACUUGUAUCUGCUGUUUGAUGAAGAGAAUCCAGUACACAAAUCUGGAACCAGAUACAUGUUUACAACAGAGGGCCACAUCAUAUCUGUGGACAAACGCCUUCGGGAAUUGCCUUGGAAGGAGUUCUUCUCAGAAGAUGGGGAGCGGGACCAAGAGGAAAAGUUUGUGCACAGGCCUAAGUCUCAGGAGCUCAAAAUCAUUAACUCCAGUUCUAAUUGCAAUCGUGUUCCUGAUGAGAGGCGAUACUCCCUGCCCUUAAAGAGCAUCUACAUGCGCCAGAUCGACCAGAUGGUUGGCUUGAUUUGACCUGCUCGCCUCAGUGUGACCAGACCUUAAACCAAACCCAAGCAUACCAAAAUCCCCUCUGAGAUGGAAGGGUGGAGUCUGUGCGUCUGUGACGCUGUAGAAGUUGCUGUCCAAUUCUUACCUCGGGGUGAUUCUUGCACUUAGUGUUUCCCUUCUCUUUAAUAAAAUACCCUAUUUUUCUGAAGGAUAUAAUUAGAAAUGGGAAGCUACGUGGGAGCUUUUUGUGAUAUGCUGAUGUUCUUAAGCACAAUGGAUUCGGCCUCUUUGGAUUGUUCUUCCCAACUCCAUACACGGAAUGCCAGUCUCCUCGCUUUGCCUCCACUUGCUGUGCUGAAGUAUUGCUACCUCUUUGCUAGAGGAUCAGGAAUGCAAUUCCUGUGCAAAGGUCCUGAGGUUUACUCAGCAUCACUACUUACUGCAGUGAAAGUGUCAUCCUUCCUGUCUUAUGGGGUCAUCAUGCUGUCCCCAGGAUAGCCAGCCGUGAUUUUGGAUCCCAUGGGGGAAAUUCACCUGGUUUAUUUAUAUCCUAAAGUAAUUUAGUGUUACUUGUUUUAGUGUCAUGGUCUAGCCAGAAAUCUGACAGACAGCCUCUAAAGUUAGGUUGGAAUCUAUGAGAUUAACUAACAGAUCUUUUGAGCUGUAAUUUGCAUUUAUUCUCAACAUCAACUUACCUGCAGAACUCCUAUGGUUCCAGAACCAGGUGCCUUCUAGGGAGAGGAAAACCUUAGGAUUGUGUGAACUUCCAUCUCUCGUGUUUCAUAACCGAGGAUACUCAAUGCUGACCAUCUUUGGGUUAGACUUCUGUUCUUGUUGGCUUAUGUGUAGUGCCAAUUAGCUAAUCAGGGACAAAGAAAUGAUCAGAUGACUUUCUGACAUCCUUGAGCCAUUUCUCUGUGAUACAGGCUUUAGAUUAGUGCCUUAGGGGUUUUGUUUGAGCCAUUGGCUGUCACAGCCACUGGUGGCUCUAGACAGCUUGUUUUGUAUUGCCAUAUGAUGGGACCAAGAAAGAGCAGGGUGGGUAUGAGGAAGAUUCUGGAGAUCAGUUUGCCAGCCUUUGCCUUUUGAACCUGUGAUUUCAGCCAGGCAUAAAGGAGGAAAUUAUGAGAAGAUGCUCUUUGUUGUUUCUUUAGCUGAAAUUAGAAAGCUUGCUGAAUUUACACAGACUGUUGUUAAAAAGCAGAGUUGGGCCUGACCCCCGCCUGGCUUCCUUGCGUUGUGACAUGUCGAAAGGCAUCCUGGGCAAAGGGUAGGAAAUCUAUGAGAAAGCUGGUCCAGCCUCAUGUAUCUUUGUCUUCCCUGUGUACUGUUUAUACACUUAAAAUUAGUUCAUUCCAGUCUCCUGUAGGCAGGAAAAAAGCCUCUGAACCAUUUGAUUUUAGUCAAAAGGGAGAAAUUAUAGUCUUUCUUCAAAAUAUGUUACUGCUUUGAAAAUAGAUAUGCCAUUCAGUUCCUUGGCAUUUUUAGAGUGGGAGUUUCAGUAGUGAAUGUGUCAUCUUUUAAACACUAUGCAAUUGGUUUUAUUUAUUUGUUAAGAAUAUUAAAUGCUUCUGUUUUCUUUUGAUUUCACAA